AUGACAACAGGGGAUCGCAUGAGAAACUGGAAUGGUGGAGCUAACAUAAACGUAUCUUGCGUUCUAUGUAACGAGCCACUAGAAACAGUUGAGCAUCUCUUCUUUGAGUGUAGUUAUUCAGCAGAGAUUUGGGAAACAUUGAUGAAGGGGGUUCUACUAGAUAAACUUACAGUAAAAUGGGAGGAGUUGAUGAGAAUAAUGAGAGACAGUUCGAAUGGGAAGAUGAAACAGUUCAUCAUUAAGUAUGCGUUUCAGACUUCAGUAUACAUGAUAUGGAGGGAGAGGAACAGAAGAAGGCAUGGAGAGAUGGCCUCGACAACGAGUCUGCUUAUAAAGCUCAUUGAUAAAAAUUUGCGGAACAAGCUUACUCUUGUGCAGAGGGAGGGAGAUAUGGAUAUUGGGAAGGGGAUGGUCUAUUGGUUUAGCACAAGAUAG